AUGGUAAGACGUUCAAAUAGCGGAUUUCCCCUCUUGUUCUUCCUGCGAUCAGAUGUCGAGGAGGAACUUGUUCGACGUCUUACCACGGAUGUGCUUCGAGGGCUCGGAGGGAUUCUUCCCAUGCAAAAUCUUGACAUCGCUGAACGUCUUGCAGUCAAGGACUUUCUUAUCAGCGAGAAACCCCGUGAAGACACUCAGCUGCGUAUUCGUAAGCUUUGCCCCGACCGGCCAAGCCUGAAGCAAACGAUCUACCUGCUUCGAGGCGUGCUGGUGAAUCGCAUUCUAAUGAUGACGUUGAAGAAGAGAUGGAAUGUCCAGUACGGGUUGCAUCCUCUCAGAGACCCUAUAGCGGUACCUUAUCACGCAAAAGGCGUGCCCAGUGAACAGUCGGAAUGGGGACACCCAGACGUCGCAAUCUUGUUCACCUGUCUGGCUUUCUACUAUGAUGGCGUUAGCAUUGCUCAGCUCACCCAAUCACUCGAGCAUCUGCUCAAAUCUGAUGACCCCUCAUCCGAGUACGACAAAUGGACCCAGACAAGCGAUGACUUUCCCGAGUCCCUCAGAGCCUGGAACUCGAUCAACGUCGACGACAGUCUACAGCUUGCCGAGAUAUGGAGGGCUCUUCGAUACAACGUUGUUGUCAUUGACUAUUUCAUGAACAACUUCGUCUUCCCUCACCAUGCCAAGCAGUUCAAGGUCAAGCUCCAGUCCAAUGGAUGGGACAUUCCCCUGUUCUCCCUCAACGCAAACGACGAAAAAAUGGGAACGAAGGAGCCUGGAAAAACUGAUAGUGGCCCCAAUUUGUCUGCGCUGACGACUGGUUUCAGUGGCACGAACGACAACCGAACCAUGUUGCCCUUGACAAUCAGACAGGAAGACCUUUCGGGUCUUUCACACACGAAUGCUGAAGUCCUGACGUACCUUCUCCACGCUCGAUCUCGUGAGUGCCAAAAGAUAGUUGGGCCCCGCGGCACCAGAGCAUCAGAAUCAGAUCUGUUGCAGGAGCUGAAGCGUCGCGAUAUCAAGAUUCUUAUCGACGCAGGCGCCCAGAUUUUGGAGAUGGAUAACGAAACACUGGCAAAGCAGUGGUUGACAGUGGACCAAACAGCCCCUGCCGCCUUGUUCUUCGACAAAGGCAAUAAGCCAAUGAUUAUUCAACGGUCGGGCAGAACGACACCCCUAUUAGGCUCGCCGUACGCGGACGAGCUCAGCAAAUGCUUGGUGUACUUGGACGAGUCCGUGACUUUCUUUGCCCCUCCCGAGGUAUACCAAAGUAUUCUCGACCUCAAAAAGAAGCCAUUCGGGGCCAUGGUCGACUCAAAUGACGUGAUUUCUUGGCUUCUCGACAACACAUGCGAUGGAAUCGAGCAGCUGCAACCUCUUUACUACUCUCAAGGCAUCGACUUUUGCCGUCGGAUGCAGGCUGCAGUUGACAACCCAGACUUCGUCAAGGACAAACACCAACGAGACAAGUUCAUCGCCACUAUCAAGCAAGACGAGCAACAUAGCCUCCAGCAGCUCUAUGAGCCGAAGCGCAAGACCAAAGCCACAGGCGAUUUCCGAGCUGAAUCGCACAACAAGAUCAGAUCUUUCGUCAAGGAGCUCAACGCCAGACGAAAAGCUUUCCAGGAUACCGGCCGGGCGGUACAUGCAUCUGCCCUGCAGGAGGUUGAGCAGGAACGCGAGAUAGCAUUCGAAGUCGAAACUGUCCGCCAAGUCAAGAAGCCGUCCUGUUAUACUGCGCUUUCGUUUCCUGGCCUACACCCAGAAAUCAAAUCCUUCGCCAAGACCGGCAGAAUCCCCGCUGGCGCCCUCACGUUCAUCUCGGUCAUCAAAUCGUUGUCCAGGACCGCCAUAGGCAAGAAAUUCAAAGUUUCGGACAGAUCAUCACAGAACAAGCUUUUCGUGUCUGCGGAGUUUGAGCGAACUGUCAAGUUGAACUUUGAUUUAACAAGUGACAAUUUCCUGCGCAAUGUGAACUGGAUGCUUUGGAGUCCAGUCACCGAAGUCGCCUUGAUAAUCGUACCCGAAGAGGCCGAGGCUCUCCUGUCCAUUGUGCAAGACCCUAACUUCACCCGCGCUACGCACUUGAUCGUGUACUCGGCACCCGUCACCCGUAAGAUGCUCCGUUUCAGCGAUCUGAACUAUUACAGCAUCCCGACUCUUACCCCUGCAUGGCGAGCCCCUGCCUGGCUGAAGAUCGAAUUGGGGCUCUAUGCAGGUCGGUUGUACUUCGAGUGGUCCGAGUACGACCAACUCUGUGACUUCCUUGGUAUCGAUCAGUCAUUGCCGUUGCAGGAAUACUUGGAGGAGGGCUCCGAAAGCGACUCGGCCGACACCCAAAACAGCAGCGAGGUCAAGUCGGCUACCGUUGGUCUCACCGCUCGACCUCUUUCCUUCGUACAGGAGUGGCUCGCUGCCCGUCGUAGAGGCCAAGACUUUGCGUCUACGCCCAUAGGGUUCAUUGCGCAGGGAAAGCCUCUUCAGGAAAGUCACCCCUUCUUCCGCCAGGCCAUGACGGUGAAACGGAACCUUUUGUUCGCCCCAGUUCACCACAAAGUGGAUGAUCAGAUGAACGAAGAUGACUAUGCGGUUGUCGACUAUGGUGUCGACGACAUGGGUGCCAAUGAGGAGGCUAACAGCGACGCUCAUGAGGAUGAAAUCGGGUACAACGAUUCCGAGUAUGACGAUUCGGACUCGGACACUUCUUCUGAAGAGUAG